GCGGCGUCCACAGCCCCGCUGGCCUGCCUGCGCCCCUCUCCCGUGCGCAGUCCUUCAGCGCAGCAGCUCGACGCGAGCCUCUGGCUGUCCUGCCCACCUCCCACCGCCAUGGCCGCCUCCUCCGUGCGGCCCGCCCUCCUGGCCCUGACCGGGCUUGCACUGCUCAUGCCGCUGUGCCUGGGCCCGGGUGAGUGGGGCGAUGCGGGCAGGAAGGUGACAAGAGUCAGUUAAGAGUCACGUGAGGCACCACGUGAAACCAAGGCGAAAGUGGCUGUGGACGAGAACAAAGCCAAAGAGUUCCUGAGCAGCCUGAGGCGGCCGAAGCGGCGGCUGUGGGACCGCUCACGGCCGGAGGUGCAACAGUGGUACCAGCAGUUCCUGUACAUGGGCUUCGACGAGGCGAAAUUCGAAGAUGACAUCACCUACUGGCAAAACAGAGACCGAAACGGACACGACUACUACGGCGACUACUACCAGCGGCACUACGACGAAGACGCGGCCAUUGGCCCGCGGAGCCCCCACAGCUUCAGGCACGGCGCCAGCGUCAACUACGACGACUACUGAGCCCGCCUCGGCGCCAGCCCCAGGAGCCAGCCCCGCCUAGGUGUGCCCGCGCCCCGGGCUCCGGUUUGCUUCAUUCCAGCAGAUCCCCACCCACUCUGUGACGAGAAAGGAAGGGUUGUUACCAAGGGUUCUGCCUUUUGAUAUUUCAUGUAAGCACCCAAUAGUGCCUCUCACUUAAAAGUAGAAAUAAAAGCAUUUUAUUAAAAA